AUGUAUGAUUGCUUAGUAUUUGAUAUGGAUGAUACAUUGUACCCAUUGAGCUUAGUUAUCAAUAUGAUCUUCACCAAUGCUGAUGAAGCUCAUGCAGGUCAAGUUUUCAGCAGGUUGUGUUUGCAAGAUUGUUUCCAAGGUGUCAUGUGCUUUGAAACUCUUAACCCUCCUAUGAGAUUGGAACCUGUUUCAAGCAUAGAAGGGAUGAAUGAAGUACAAACUGAAAAUGUUGAAACACAAGUUCUGUGUAAACCUUCUGUACAAGCAAUGGAAGCUGACAUUGCCAUUGCCAAUGGUGGUCCACCAAAAAAACAGUAA